GGACCUUUUUGAGGUUGAGAGAUGGGGGAGAGGAACCAAAACGGAAAACGACUUGCCGUUUAUGAUGGGUCUCCUGGGUUCUGCUUGAGGAUUCAGAGCUGUGAGGAUCUCAAAGAUGGGAAGAAGGAACUUCCGCCAGCAGCUGUGAGGAAGUAUGGAGAUCAAAUGGCAGGUCACAUAUUCCUCAAAGUUCCCAAUUGUGGAACACAUUGGAAAAUAGAGUUGAGAACAUCACCUCGUCGUGAUCGGAUGUGGUUGGAGAAGGGAUGGGAAGAGUUUGCUAGCUUUUACUUACUGGACCAAGGCGACUUGGCAACCUUCACUUCUGAAGGCCAACAUACCCAUUUCCGAAUACGCAUCUUUAGUUGGGAUGACAUGGAAAUAUACUACCCCAUUCGUGGAGGAGGAGCUGAUAUCAGCAGACCCAAGAGAAAAGAAACAAGAGUUGAAGUUGAAGCUGAAGCUAGAGCCGUUUCAAAUACCUCCACAUCCUCUGCUGAUGAACACCAAUGUGAUAUUUCCAAAGUAAGCAGCUUCAUAUCUGACAGGCCCUGUCUUAAUGUCCCAAUCACCGCGACAGCAUUAACCACCCGUGUGUUCAUAAAUCCAGCUUUUGCCUUGGAACACUUCUGUAAAGAUGGCACUUGUUGCGACUUGACCUUACAGAACACUCUAGGUGACAUGAUUUGGACGGUUCAGUGCAUAUCUUACGCAAUAAGUGAUGGCAGAAUGCGAACAGUAAUAUCAGGAGCUGGUUGGAAAUCCUUUAGGCAGGAAAAUCUUCUGGAAGAGGGUGAUGCCUUAGUGUUAGAGGUGAUAGAGGAACGGAGGUGCAGAGUUUCAAUAAUCCGAGCUCAAAAGUGAGGAUUCUUUUCAUGUGAAAGGAUCAUGGUUCCACGACGUGCUCAUUUGAGGUCAGAUUUGGGGAACAGUUGUGUAUCAACUUAAACGAUUGAUUAGUCAUAGAUGGAGUUCAGAGGAAUUAUUGGUGUUCUUAUGUAAUCUGAGUUCUGGGAAGCAUUCUUCUUAUACAGAUGUCCAGAGGAAUUUAUCGUAAAAUAGACUUUGCUUGGCUUGAACAUAUGGA